AUGAAUUAUGUGGUCAAACUUACUCAACAGAUGCGAACAGAAGACUCACGAUAUCUUCAAUUACUUGAACGACUCCGUCAAGGCCAGUGUAAUUAUGAAUUAUUAUUGACGCGCGUUGUGGGACAGCCAACCGUAUCUCUUCGUGAACCGCCAUGGAAUCAAGCUCCCAUGCUUGUAUUUAGAAAUGAAAUACGAACGCAAUUGAACCACAGAUCAGCAAUUCAUAAUGCAGUAGAAGUCGGUACUGUAGGUAUUAUCCAAUAUGUGCAGAUUCUACAUAUUGGAAUUAUCCUUAUAGUGUUGGAACAUUUCUCUGUUCGUUGUCUUUUACAUAUGCGUGUGGUUCUUUCCCUCCUCUUAUAUAUGUAUGGGAUGAUUCCUUAUCGUGAUCGUAUAUAU